AUGGUUUCUACGCCAAAGGAGAUAGUAGAAUAUACCAUAAAUGAGCUCUGUCUCAUUGGCUCUAAUGGCGCCUCACUAGAGGAAUUAUGGACCAUUGUAGUCCAGAAACAACCAGAAUUGGACGAGUUCUUCAAGUCAAUUUGCUGGUCAUGGCUGAUAGAGGACCACGAUUUCGAAGUCUAUCUUAAAAAAAAUGAGUUAUUGCUAAUCAAAACCUCUUAUAAAGAUGUCAAGAACACGGAAGGAUUGAUUGUCAAAGCAAGCGAAAAUAGGGAGUGGUUGUUCCUGACAGGAAUGCCCAAGUUUGAAAACCCUGUGACUCCAUUGUUAUUUGAGCUAUUACAUGCGAUUGCACAAAGUAGAGAACACGGAAUCAGAUCAACAGAUCUGGCCAAAAAAACAGGCCAGGACCUCAAGAGCUUUACUUCUAGGUUCAAAUUUUUGAAGGACUACAAUCUGAUAGAAAGGAUAUCCUUGAGAGAAGGGAAAACUAUGACCAAUUUCAUAUUUCAUUCAAAAUUCUAUGAUAAGAACAAGUUAAGGGCUCAUGACACAAUAUACUUGAAAGAAAAGAAGCUGAAUACGAUGUCCAAUAUUGUUUCAUUGGUGAAGCAGGCUCCUAACCAAAUCCGGGGAGUUUCCGAUAUUGCAAAGCAAUUAGGACUUUCAGGCCCCAAGGGGCGAGCUAAGAUGUAUCGCUACAUUGAUGUAAUAUUAGAACAAGGCUCUUUGAAGCAGGUUUAUUUGUCAGGAUUUGGAAGUCAGCUCUUGAAAGCUGUAGAAUAUGUUAAAGAUUUGGAGAUUUCUAAUGUUCCAGAGAGUGAUAUUGAGGAUGUUCCCGAUAACGAUGAAGGGGAAGAGCCCGAUGACGAAGGUGAACCGGGAGCUAUCGAGGAAGAGCCAAUAACCGGAUCGUCAAAUCAACUUUCCGAGGCCAAAAUAGAAGAAUUAAUGCCCAAUUUCACGCCAGGUUUUUCUAUAUUCAACUGUAUGGGUGCAGCUAUUCACAAUUCAGGUAUGAACGGUUUGUCAAGCAUGCAAUUAGAUAAAAUGGCUGUAGGUGAAGACGCUGGUAGAAUAAUGGGAAGGCUUUCUGCAUAUAUUGUAAAGACUGAAAAUCAACUUAGAAAAGGAUUCAAGAAUGGCGAUUUGGAAUGUGUUCGUGUUAUUGACUUUUCUGGCAAGAUGAAGUUUAACAAGUUUUACACCGCUUCAAAUUUAAUGAAGAUGAAAAAUCUGGACCCCAUACCGUACGGCGAUGAAUUUUCUUCCUUACCUGAAUAUUUAUUGAAGGACAAGACAUUGACUCAAGUUAGCUGUGCCCAUUUUAAGGAUCCAUCUUCUGCUCUAGACAUCGUCACUUGUAAGGAUGGCGUGAGACGCUUGCACUGGCAAGGCUACCCAGGAACCUUCCUCUUAGGCAACAAACUUCCAAAAGAAAAAAGAGAUUAUAGUCUUGUAACCGAUAACACAGCGACGCCGGUGAUCGAAGUACCAUCUCUAACGAAAAAAGGGCGGCCAAAAAAGGGCGUCUUAAAAGUUACGAAAACCUCUCCCUUGAGUCAGUCUGAGACAGCGGAACCAGAAACUGAGCCUGAACCUGAGUCUGAACAGUUUACCGAACAAACGACAAGAACUUCAAAUUUUAACAUCAAUUUUGAUCUUUUGAACAAGAAUACCCCAUUUAGUGAGAAAAUACUAGGAUUGUUUGAUAAUCCUUUAACGCUUGCGUAUCGAAGAAGACAAGGAAUUCUUGAUUUGUUGAGAAAAAGUGACGGAGCUGCAUUGUUAGAUGUCAGUUUUGUGCAUCAACUGGAUAAACGAAUUUCCAACACAACCGCUAGUUCAGAUAGAAGAACCAUUAUUAGAGAUUUCGAAUUUUUAACCAAAGAAGGCGAGGCUAUUCUGGAAAGCUUUGAAAUGGAGUGUAACAAUGGCAGAAGGAAACGGAAGCUACUCAUGUUAGAUCUCAAAAAUAAACCCACUCCUCAAGCUAUCGAGAAGGCAAAACUACAGGCUGAACGGGUCAGUUAUUCUAUGCCAUCAGGAGACCUGUCAGUGACUGAGAAGGACAUAACUUUUCACUUUCCGUUCAUCAGAAACAGGGCCUCCAAGAUCAAACCUGAACCUGUAACUAGUUCAGAAUCUAAUGCACUUCGUAGUCAUGAAAGUGACAACUCCACUAGAGUCAAGAUUCUUAACGAACCACCACUAAGAGUGUCUCGAUCUAAGAAAAGAGCAGAGCCUGAAAAUGGCAAUCAGAUUGAAAAGUUCGUUAGAAAGACUAAGAGAAGAAAGAAGCUAUCAGAGACUGAGAAUAAAUCAAAACAUGAACUGCAAGCUAGAAGGACUAGGAGAUUGAUCAAUCUUGAUAAGAACAUCGGCCUUGUGCUAUUGCGUGCGGUAAUUAUCAGCAAGUCAUUGUCUCAAAACGGAUUAUUCCCACUAUGGGAUAAAAUUGCCAAACUAUUUGAUGAUAAGGCUAGCACCCAGGUUUUAAAAAGAUCAUGGGAUAGGUUACGCAAACUUGUUGGAUCUAAGACUAUACAGAGAAUGACGAAUAUUUGGAAAAAAAUUCUGAUAUCUGCUAUUAAAGACCGAAGAGUAACUAGGGAUACCGUUUUGAACCACGAUUUGAGGCGUUUUGUUGAACUCUGGAGAGAAUCUGAUGGUGUUUCUUUUGGACAUAUAACGUCCCUGUAUGAAGACAUUGAAGAGAAUUAUAAUGAGUUUGAGUUUGUGAAAGACCCUGAGACUGAAGACCCUCUGUUUUUUUUCAAAAGUAGCAUUUCAUUUGUGGAGAGAGAAAAUUUUGUCAAGGGGCUAAGUUUUGGGGUUCCUAUUGAUGUGAAUGGCGAUAAAAUUGAAUCUAAACAAGUAGAAGAUGAAUCAUCAAGCAUAGAAAAAUUGAAAUCAACACUAAAGGCAAUAUUUGCCACGCCCAAAGAAGAUUUUUCAAGUACAAUAGCCAAUAAUAUCACCUCCAAGUAUUCAGAAAGUAUGAUACAUGAAGCCUUAACAUCCCUUGAAAAGGAUAGACAGAUAGUGUUCCUAGGGACAGAUGCUCCAGUUAAAUUCGCUUUGUCUGAAAAAGUGAUAAGUUCAAUGACUUCCAAGCUUCCUUACUCUUUUUUCCAAGACUCUGUUGAGUUUGUCAACGUUUUAUCGAACUUAUUCAAAAACCAACAGGGCAUGUUAUUAUCUCCGAUCACCCCAGAUUACACAAUCCCUGUGAUUUUGUCGUUUAUGAUCAAGAAAAAUAUUCACGUUAUUAGGGUCGACAAUAGCAUUGACAACCUUUUCACUGGAUAUACAUCAAGAACUAUUGACAGAAAGAAGCUGGAAUCUGAUUUCAUCAUAACACCAGGAAGCAGAUCUCUAGAGGCAAUGAAGCCAAGACAUGUACCUGUUCCUGUAGAUGUGCCAUGUUCCAUGCUCUGGAUUGGGGUCAAUGGUAAUAUCAACACAAAAAUCUGGACUAACCUGGUGUGCAGUAUAGUGAGUAAUGUUGAGAAGAGACCAGGAGUGGUUCUUGAUAUCAUUCAUGAACCCCUACGGCCAUGCAUAACGAAGAGGGAACUAAAACUAAUACUAGACUGGCUAGUAGCAAAAGGUAUAUUCAGGGAAGGCCUGGAUAAUGGGUAUUGGGCGACCGAAAGAUGGAACAUUGGAAUUUAG